AUGGCUAUGGUGCGCGAUCCCGCAUUCUGGCGACGCUUCAGCGUCGCCGUUCACCUGGACGAAGAAGCAGCACAGAGAUCGGAGCUCAAGCACUCGUACGUCACACCUCUUCCUUCGCCUCUUAGUUCUCCUUGCACCAGCACCGUAAGCGCCAGGAAAUCGCCAAUAAUUGUAGCCACAACACCUCUGGAGUUCAACAAAGAGAUGGAGGUGGAGAUAGAGAUACAGUCCGAGCCGGCCUCACCAACAAUCUCUUAUAAAUCCAACCGAACACCUUCAACACAUUCCAAACAUCUUCCAGAGCACCACCCAUCCCCCCCACGAUCCCCGCCUACCGCUUUCUUCCCCUGCCCCAAAUCCCCCCCCAACUCCCACUCCCAUCCCAUCCGCCACCUUCACAACCCCUCCACCCUAACCCUUGGCCUAUCUGGUCGCCCGCCCUCGGCUUUCAAAUUCUGGACCAUAGUCACCGCUGACGGCUCUCACAGAGAAUCGUGGCUAGAGCAACAGCGUAAGAAGAAAAGCAAGCGAACGUGCAUGUGUUGGAUUUUUUGGCUGGUAUUUAUGGGGCUUGUGGCAGGGAUUGUGAUUGUUGUGCUUUGGUUGAAGGGAAGGGGGGUAAUUUAGGGGGAUUAAUGGAGGGUUGGUUACUAGGUGAAUGGGUAGGGUAGGUUUUUGCAUGCCCACACAAUUGGCGUUUUGGAAAGCCUAGGCUGGAAAAGGAAACAGCAGCAGGCACAAUUCUCUGUAUAUACCACACGACUGGAG